CAGGCGCAGCCGACUCUCAGUCGCCGACCCGGGGGGAGCUGUCACCGUCUUCCUCGGCCCCCCUCAUGAAGCCGCUCUCCAGCUAACAGUUAACCUGUUUCCUGCCAUGGAAGCAGCGGAGGACCGGCUCUUCUACUCCUCUCACGGCUCUGAUUAAAAAAAAAAAAAAAAAAGUCGGCGGGUAUUUUUUUUUUUAGUUGUUGUUGUUGACAGUUAGUGCUAAGCUAAGGUGGCUAGCUAUGUGGCUAGCUGGUCAUCGUUAACGGCGGGUUGACGCGGUGACGCUCCAACGGCUGUCGGCUUCAACAGCAACAACCGGAUACUCUGUUGGGUUUUUUAUUAUAAUAACUUAAUAUAUUUUAAUACGUAUCGACGGCGAAAGGAAGGACACCUCCAUCUUUUUAAAAAUAAAUAGAAGAUAAAAGAGGAAAAACCAGCUACAUUGGCGACGGAUGUCCUGGAGAACGAGCAGGGGAGCUGAGAGCUGUGAAAAGCUGCCCUGUGUUGAGCUGACAGCUUCAGAGGAGACAGUGGAGCUCAGUGUGGGGACCCACAGCUGGGGGAGCUGGAGACUGGAGAGGUGUCUGGACGGGGGUUCCUACACGUCCUGGGAAACCUGGAAAACCUUGAACUUUUAGAGACCAGUCAUGGUGAACACCUGGAAACUGGAGCUGCACAAUAUGGAUGCGUGAGGACAUGUCCACCAUGGUGUGUGUGAAGGAGGAGGAGGACCCUGGGGAGAAGCUGUCCCAGGAUGAGAUCAUCUCUCGGACCAAGCAGGUGAUCCAGGGGCUGGAAGCCCUGAAACAGGAGCACCACUCAAUCCUGGAUGGCCUGCUGGGCACGCUGCGCUGCCUGAAGCAGGAUGAGGAGGGCGUCCUGGUGGAGGAGAAGUCACACAUGAUCCGCAAGUCCCUGGAGAUGCUGGAGCUCGGGCUGAGCGAGGCACAGGUGAUGAUGGCGCUGUCGAGCCACCUGAGCUCGGUGGAGUCGGAGAAGCAGAAGCUACGGGCUCAGGUACGCCGGCUCUGCCAGGAGAACCAGUGGCUGAGGGACGAGCUGGCAGGGACGCAGCAGAAACUGCAGAAGAGCGAGCAAAGCGUGGCCCAGCUGGAGGAGGAGAAGAAGCACCUGGAGUUCAUGAACCAGCUGAAGAAGUACGACGAGGACUUGUCCCCAUCUGAGGAGAAGGACUCUGACUCUAGUAAAGAGACUCUGGAUGAUCUCUUCCCAGAUGACCAGGACGACCAACCCCCCGGCAUCCAGCCGACUCACGGCAGUGCUGCAGCAGCUGCUGCCCAGCAGGGAGGCUACGAGAUCCCGGCCCGCCUGAGGACCCUCCACAACCUGGUGAUCCAGUACGCCUCCCAGGGCAGGUACGAGGUGGCUGUGCCCCUCUGCAAGCAGGCCCUGGAAGACCUGGAGAAGACUUCUGGACAUGACCACCCAGAUGUGGCCACCAUGCUCAAUAUCCUAGCACUUGUUUACAGGGAUCAGAACAAAUAUAAGGAGGCAGCCAACCUGCUGAAUGAUGCUCUGGCCAUCAGGGAGAAGACUCUGGGCAGGGACCAUCCUGCUGUCGCUGCCACCCUCAAUAACCUGGCUGUCCUGUAUGGGAAGAGAGGAAAGUACAAGGAAGCAGAGCCUCUGUGCAAGAGAGCGCUGGAGAUCAGAGAAAAGGUGCUGGGGAAGGACCACCCAGAUGUGGCCAAGCAGCUGAACAACCUGGCUCUGCUGUGUCAGAACCAGGGCAAGUACGAAGAGGUGGAAUACUACUACAUGAGAGCGCUGGAGAUCUACCAGACCAAACUGGGCCCCGACGACCCCAACGUGGCCAAGACCAAGAACAACCUGGCGUCCUGUUACCUGAAACAGGGCAAGUUCAAGCAGGCUGAAACUCUGUAUAAAGAAAUCCUCACCCGAGCUCAUGAGAGGGAGUUCGGCUCUGUUGACGAUGAGAACAAACCAAUAUGGAUGCAUGCUGAGGAGAGAGAGGAGCAAAGCAAGGGGAAGCAGAAGGAUGGCUCACCGUUUGGAGAAUACGGAGGCUGGUACAAAGCCUGUAAAGUCGACAGCCCCACAGUGACCACCACCCUGAAGAACCUGGGCGCCCUCUACAGGCGGCAGGGCAAGUUCGAGGCAGCUGAGACUCUGGAGGAAGCUGCCAUGCGUUCCAGAAAGCAGGGUCUGGACACUGUGCAUAAGCAGCGCGUGGCGGAGGUCCUGAGCGAGCCGGAGGCCCGCGAGAAGCAGCGAAGCCGCGAGAGCUUGACCUCCGACACGGUGAAGUACGAGAGCGGGCCGGACGGUGGCGAGGAAGUGAGUAUGAGCGUGGAGUGGAACGGGGACGGCUCCGGCUCUCUGAAGAGGAGCGGCUCCUUCAGUAAACUGCGAGCGUCGAUCCGCCGCAGCAGCGAGAAACUCGUCCGCAAGCUGAAAGGCGGCGGCUCGUCCCGAGACAGCGAGCCCAAAAACCCCGGCAUGAAGCGAGCCAGCUCUCUGGGGGUUCUUAACGUGGCGGACAAGGCUGCGAGUGACCACUACCAAGAACGAAAUAAUCGUCUGAAGAAAAGUCGCGACCUGAGUGCCAGCCACACCGACCUGGCGCGUUGAAGGUUGAGUCUGUUCGCGGCGGCGGGAGGAAGGAAGGGAGGGAGGAGGGGCCCCUGAACGCCCCCCCCCACCUGAGAGAGACCCCUCCUCAUGUCUCCCACUUUAAAGUGCUCACUGUUCAGCUCUCACUGCACUUUCUAAAGGUUUUGUGCUCUUAGACGAGGAUUUCUGAUCAAAACAUAUCGAGGAACAAGAGGAAUAUGUGUGAAUCAGUGUGUGUAUCUUAUCUGUGUUAUAUCUCUUGUAUGUGUGUGUACUGUAUGUAAGUGUGUGUGUGUGUGUGUGUGUGUGUGUGUGUGUGUGUGUAAGUGUGUGUGUGUGCGCGCUCUCAAAUCCUUUAUAAUAUUUAAUGCUGUCGCUUGAAUAUGAAGGCAGAUGCAGAGUUUUUAGUUUUAUAAACGUUUCUCUCGUAAUCGGUUCAGUUAAAUUAUAAUGAGUGAAGCCAAACAGACACACACAUAUUCAUUAUAUAUAUUAUAUUAUAUAUAUAUAUAUAUAUAUAUAUAUAUAUAUAAAACAAAUAUGGUUCCUUUAAGGAAGGACACAAAGGAGCAACUCAUUGUUGGAAAAAACUGAAUGAAAGUGUGAUUUAUACUGAUUACCAAUUCUGAUGGUUCGUUUUCAUUAAAUAAAUAAUUUAAAAAAACUUUUUACGGUGAAAAGCUGUCAAACUGUGACAGUAAAAGACUUUAAAUAGGUUAAAGUAACAGUAAAACACUGAUAUCUCCUUGCAAAACAUCUAUUUGUACAACAUUUUGAAGGAAAUUAUACGGAAUAAAGUCUAUUUGAUUAUUUAUCAUCAUUUAUAAAGUAAAAUAUGGAUUAAAACUGGACAGUACUGACGUCCUUUUACCAUCAAAAUAACAACGAUGAAUUGUGUACACUGUGUUUUUACGCACAUUUUCAGUUUUUGGCUUAAAAAACGAAGCGGAAAUUUGGAACAAAAACAACUUGUAACUGUUUGGUUUUACUCGUUUGUGGUUUAAUUAAAACGUUGAGAGCGGCUUUCUGCCUCUUACAGAAGAAUGUUUUAGAAACUUUAACUACCAACUCUGCAGAAAACUUGUCCAGCAAUGACGUCUUUUUCUCUAGGCCGACCCGGACGUUCGCUCAGCUCUGCGUUCACUCUGCGGAUUUCCAAUGGAUGUUUUAUUUUUAUGGAUUAAUUAAGAAAAUAAGCAACAAAAAAAAUCAACAAACUUUUGACAAUAUUUGAACCAGGUUGCAGUGGUACUGGUACUUUUAAUGUACGAUUAAAGUCAAAUAUGUACCAUAUUCGCCCUUGUUAAAGCUCCAGUGUGCAACAUUUAGGAGGUUGAAGUUGGCGGGUUGAAGGGAGGGAGCUGCAAUCUGAAACCACACACACCUCUAAAUGUCACUAAAUCACACAAACUGGACCUUUAAUAUUUAACUUUUAGAAAUAAAACUUGGUCUUUAAUAAGUUCUCCUACUGAAGUCUCAAUUCUGGGGCAGUUCUCUAAACAGUUUUCUAAUAAAUACAGCAACUUCGGAUCAAUCUUAAUCAAUUCCUGCCUCAUAUAAGCCCCGCCUACUCUAUAUUCAAGUCCCGCCCACGUACAAUAUAAGCCCCGCUCACUCCGAGUAGAUAAUGAAUCUGGUUGAACACAUGCAGAUAAUUAUCUCUUCACAAUUGAGGUUUUAAAAACGAAAUAUCCGACAUGUAAUUAACUUAUUUUACGUCAUUAAACCUUAAAGAUAAACCCGUUGGAAACCCGCGGAGGGAACCGACGCCUUCGACGCUCUUACGAACUAUUUUCCGUCCUUGUGUUGAUUGAUUCUUUUGCUUUUGAUGUUUUGAAGUUCCAUGUUUACAUUUGGGGUUUUGUAAAUUAUGUGUUUAUUAUUUGUUUGUGUGCUUGCGCUGCUCCGGAAAAAGAAAAAAAAGCUAAGUCUUCCUUAAAGUCGAGGGUUUUUUUAACGAUAACGAGGCGGACGGAGGACGGCGGCGUUUAUCGGGCCGACCGACACAUUCUCAGGAUCGAGGCUGUAGUUUCGCACACUGACUGCAGACGUUAACGCCGCUCCACACUUUCUACACAUUAACGCAGUUUCUACAUUCACAACGACCCGGAGAAAUGUUACGAGACAAAACUUUACCGAGUGAGUAAAGUCGAAACAAAAACAACCAAAAAAAAAAAGUGCAAAUUGAGAAUUAUUUAAAAUAAAAGUUGAAUUAUUCUUCAGAUUUAAGCUGUAAAUGUAAAAUAUAUAUUUGCUAUCACCAAAAUAAGAGGAAAUAUUUCUCCUAUAGGUUGUUAUAACUAGUUACAUUUAUAGUUUCACUGUAUAGAAGCAAAACUGGAAUUAAUUAACUAAUUAACCUAAUUAAUUAAAAUAUAAUGUUUGUCCACAGCAGCUGAAUCAAAACCCCCAAAAACCAAAUGCUGUAAUAAAUACUGAAGGAUAUAAUAUUAUUACUUUUAAAUUCUGGCAAACUUUGGUUAAAGUUUCCAGUUUUAUUAUAAUUAAUAUUAAAUUAAGUCCACUACAGAAAACACAGAAUAACUCUUUAAUUAAAUCCCUCAUUAAUCGACUUUUAGGAUUAAAUUCAUUCUUACAGUUUUAGUUCCCAAAAACUAAAACUUUUAAUGGUACCUUUCUUAAAUAUAUUAAAUAUUAAUGUCAGCGGUUCCCAACCUGAGAGUCUUGAUUUUAAGGGAGUUUAAGACAAUUGGUCCUAUUUUUAAUUCAUUUCUAUGAAGGAAACUAAAUUAAAUUGUUAUUUUUGAAGUUUAGAUUAUUAUUUAAGAUCUGAACUUCAUCCACAGUCUCUGAUAAACAGCCUCAAAGGACAAGAAAACAACAAAUCUGUCAGAAAAAAGAAGCUUAUUAAGUCUGUUUGAUUGUUAAAUAAUCCCAAAAUACGUAUAACAGACAGAAUUGUAUCAGGGAAACUAAUAUCUGAUCAAUAUUUAUAGGAAAUAAUCUGCUUAAAAUUCAUCCAAAUCUCUUAUUUUACAUCUAUACUAUAAAAUGUCACUCAGUCAGUUUACUCAGUGAUAGAAAAUGGUUCCCUUAAGGACAAAUUUUGGGAACUAAAACCAACUCCAGAUGUUUUUUCUGUUGUUUCCGUUACCUUUAUUGGACAAUAUUUUGGGGUUUUUCUCUACAGUAAUUUCCUCCUUCAAAAUAAAACUAUUGACUCUGUAAGAUUAUUAAAAAUUAUAUUUAAAAAAAAUACAUAAUAGUUGUAUAAAAAGUUCCCUAAACAGGAAAUAAUCUGCUCAAAAUUCAUCCAAUUCUCUAAUUUUACACAAACUUCUUGCAGUUACUGAGUUUACUGUUUGGGUUCAUUGUACGGUUUUGAAUAUAAUAUGAAAUAUUAAUAUAAAAUAUGUCACUGAGUUUAAUAAAUUAUAGAAAAAUAGGUCCCUGAAGGAAAAAGGUUGGGAACCGCUGAUAUAGAACAGCACUGACGUUAUCAAUAUCACUUAUUCCUGCCAAAACUCAUCGAAACUUACAAGAAGCACAAGAACUCGUCCAAACUGUCCAAAAAAAACCAUAAAUUUAACUUUAAUUUAAAUAUGCGAUGAGGGAACAGAGCUGCAACUAAAUCAGUUAAUUAAUCAAUAAUUUGAUCUAUAACAUAUAAAAUAUCUCCCAAAAGCAAUUAAUGUCUGAAUUCUUUAAUAAACCCGGUUGUCAGCGAUCGGAAGUCGUGAGGGAUUUGCACUGGAAACAUUAGACUGAUGGAACAAUAAUAAUAUUGAUCAUUAUCCUCUAAUUUACUGCAUUUUAAAUGUUUCAUGAACUUUUAGUUAGUGUUUGUUUUUGCAGGGUUGUGCAAUAAGCUUUCGUCUUACCGCCCCGAUCGAAAUUAAUUAAUAUCUUAACAGCUUUUUAAAGGAUCUGUUGUCAUUUCCCAAAUAAUAAACAAAAGAAGAAGCCCAGAAAUGUAAAUAUAUAAAAUCUGAAUAAUAAAUAACUUGAAUUAUUUUUCCUUCUGCAAUAAUUUAGUCGAAGUUGUAGUGAAGUUUAAUAUCUCAAACUCUUUUUUUUCCUUUAUGAUGAUUAUUUUUAUUGUGCGUUCAAGCGUCUUGUUGACUGUUGAUCAGUCGGCUCGUCAACCUGCUUUGUUUUUAUUUUUUUAUUUCUUUGUUGUUUUUACUGGUUCCUUUAAAGUAACGAGGCACAUAACGUCUAAGAACUGGGCGACAGUUGGGCAACUUUAAACCGGCAACAAAGGAGCUGUAAUUUAAUGUUUUUAAGUGUUUUUACACUAAAUAAAAUGCAAAAGCACGAUUAUACGGAAGCAAAGAAAGGCCAAAAAUAAAUAAAAAUGUGAAUUAUUUUUAAGUUUUGCAUUAAGAAACAGUUAAAAACCUUAUUUUUAAAUCAUAAAACGUACUGUAACCGACGUUGAACACAGCCUGAUUGUUAAAGUUUGAAUUUAUCAUCUUGAAAUCUUGACAAACUAGAAUUUAAGCAACUUGAAUUUAGUUUUUGGACACAAUUUCUAUCUGAAUUUGUGAGUUAAGUCGUGUUUUUUGAAGUUCAAAGCUCAUAUAGAAGGUUAUAAAUAUAAAUACAAAGAAAUGUUAAAUAUAUAUAUAUGUUAUAUAUAUAUAUAUAUAUAUAUAUAUAUAUAUAUAUUUUAGUGCUUUAAAAUUCUUUGGUUUUUAAAUUUACACAUUCAGUUGCUCUUAAGAUUUAUAUCCUUUUGGCCUUUUCUUGCUUCCAUAGAUGAUUAUUUGAUGCAAUUCACUAUUUGGGGUAAUUAUUUUUACAUUUUAAUAACAAUUUCAAGUAUUUUAACCAAAAUUCAACAUGUCUGUUAACAUUCAUUGGUGUGUAUUUGUGUGUUUAUACGUAUUCUGUGUGUAUAAAGCAGCAAUGUUGAUGUCUCAGACUCUUUGUUGCCCCUGUAAUCCUGUAAAAGUUGCCCCCCUGUUGCUCCAGUUGAAGAGGACAAACUGCAGCAACCUGAUGCUGAUUAUUACACAAAGGAAAACUCACCAGAAACUACGACUUCUAACCAGGUUUCAGAUCAUAAGACACAAUUUUUAUUCAUAUUAUGAUGACGUGAAUGUAAAUUUAUGGAUUUAUGGAAGCGCAGGCAACAAUUUAAAAAGGUUUUAGUUGACUUUAUGUUUUCUUAUUAAAAGCAGUGAAGGUUAAAAGUCUCAGUCCGUCCUUUGGUUGCAGUUUUAUUUCUGCUCUUUGAUUGUAUUGGUGUCUGUGUUUGUGUGGAGCAGUGAUACAGGGAUGGUUUAAUAUUCUCAAACAUGGUUUUUAUAUAAAUAUAUUAACUAUAUAAAUAACUUUUAUCUCCCUUUGUCAGUGGAAGUUGCAGCAAUAUAAUGUUUCCCCUUCUUACACCAACUAAUCUGAUCAGAAUAAAUAAAGUUAUAUUCUGUUUAUUUUUCCAGUGGUGGAAGCACAUUUAUUACAUUUCUUCUGCACUCAGAGGGAAAUAUUGUAUAGUUACAGUUACUUUACAAUGUGAGAUUUAACAUAUAAAAACACACAGUGUGAUAUUAAUGAGCUUACAAUAUGAAUUUUGAUAUAAUGCUGUAAUUAUUAUAUUUAUCAUAAAGUUGCUGUUUUUGUAGUUUGUAGAGUUUUUGACUCCUGAUGUUUUUAUUUUCCUCUUUUCUUAUUUCUUCUUUUGCUUUUUCUGGAUAAAUAAACAACAAUUAUUAUAUAGCAACGUACAUAAAUUAUAUGAAAGAAAUAUAAUUCAAAUGAGCUCAACCUCAUCCAGAGCAAACAGUAGCUUAAUAAUCAGCAGAUAAAAUAAUAAAAACAGAACAAACACGUUUUACUUUGAUACUUUUAGUACAUUUAUCUGUCAGUACUGUACUUUUGUCACUUAAAAGGUUAUAAAUAUAAAAUCCACUGCCACUAGAGCACCAGAGAUUUUAUUAGAUCGUAGCUCAUCGUAACUCCGUCUUUAUUUGUCUUUCUUCUGUCAACAACAACAACUUUCAGCUUCAGUCGCUCAACCUUUAAAUAUAAUUCUGAAAGCAGGCCUUUUAACCUGCAAUAGAGUAUUUUUAUUUAUACUUAUUAUAUAUAUAUAUAUAAAUGUACAUUUAACUUAAAAAAAACUGUUCUUUCCACCACUGGGUGUUUAAUUCAUCAACGCGGUUACCAUGGCAACCCACUGGAUGCUGCACACCUCCCUUCAGGCACCGCUCCACACAGUGCGUCCGGUCUCUCGUUUUAAUGGGCACAAUUAUUAAAAGAAUACAAGAUUGAAUGUUAUUGUUGCACUUGUCCUCCAUUGUUUUUAUAUUAUUAUUAUUAUUAUUAUUAUUAUUAUUAUUAUUAUUAUUUUAAGGACGUCGAUGCUUCCUACGAGGCAGCGUUGAAUCCCUCCGUGUUGAAUAUGAGACAGAACCCGUCCGCUGUGUGUUGUUGUUGUUUGUUGUUGUUGUUUGUUCCUGGAUGAGACUGGCUUUCCGUGAUACUUCUCGUCCUCCGUAACUGCUGCAGGCUUUUUGUUUUGUCUGAUGUUUUACUGCGUCCAUCUUUUUAAAGCGAGCAGCUGAUUAUUGUCCAGCUCAACUGUAUUUGAAUAAAAUGGUCAAACUCUC